AUGGAGAAUAGAGAACAAUUAAUGUUGUUAGUUGAAAAAGUCAUUGGAAUGGUAGCUGAAGUCAUGAAAUGCUUGAAGGUGGUGCAAGGUGAACAAUGUUGUCUUAGGCCUUGGCUGUGCUAUGAACGACGGUACAUAUUGGAUGAUAAGAUCGAGGAUUUAAGGUUUGUAAAAACAAUAGACACGGCUGAUAAAAAGUACCUGAAGGUUGAGUUUAAAUGUGACAUUGGUCAAUUUGUUGUUAGGAGGAAGUCUAUGGAAAAGAAGAUUG